AUGAGAAGAAAGCUGCGACACGCCCUGAUUUUCCUUCUCAUCAUCCUGAAGGAGCCCAACAUGCCAGAAGCUCAACCCUGCAGAUGUAAACUAUCACCACCCUGCAGGGUCAACCAGGGCCUCACCAGCAUCCCUCAGAACCUCCCGACAUCCAUCUCUAAGUUAACUAUAAUAUAUAACCAUAUCAAAACUGUAAAGCAGCCUGAGCUGUUACGGUUUAAGAAUUUGACUUCCGUGUGCCUCGAACAGAACCAGAUAACAAGGAUUGAAUCAGGCACAUUUGCAAAUCUACCCAAGCUACACAAUUUGUGGCUGUCCCAAAACUGCAUAACUACCAUCCAUCCUGGUACGUUUGCAAAUUUGCCCCAGCUACAAGAGUUGCACCUGUCCUACAACCAGAUAACGGCCAUCCCUUCUAGUUCAUUUGUAAAUCUGCCCAAAUUAGAACGCUUGGCACUAUACAAUAACAAGAUAGCUACCAUCGCUUCUGGUACAUUUGAAAAUCUGCCCCAGCUACAAGACUUGCUCCUGCACAACAACCAGAUAACUACCAUCCCUUCUGGUACAUUUGCAAAUCUUCCCCAGCUACAACUACAAUACUUGCACUUGCACAACAACCAGAUAACUACCAUCCAUUCUGGUGCAUUUAGAAAUCUGCCCCUACUUAAACGCUUACUAAUUGCGAACAACAAGAUGUCGGCCAUUCCUCUGCCAGUCUUCUGCUUGUUCCAAUCUAAUAUCAUCAUAGAACUUGACGGGAACCCCUGGCAGUGUGACUGUAGGAUGGCUCCGAUCAGGCGAAUUCCCCAAUUAAACAACCACAUAACGUGUGCCCAACCCGGCAAAGUUCAGAGACAGAAGCUUGUACAUGUCGAUCCUAAAGAACUGACGUGUAAAGAGCCAACGACAUCACCACUAACUGUUGAUAGCUGUUCUGCUGCAGUGUCAACACCUUCAGUUAGCAGCACAGAAAGCAAUACUAGCCCAUCGGUCUUUAAAACCACUAAGGGCUCAACAGAGAACCCCGCAGAAAAUGCAAUCAAAUCAAACUCUCGCCUUCACUGGUACUUUAAGUUUAAUGCUGCCCCUUUGUCUGAUCCUGACUCAAGCCCUGCAGGCAAAACAUCAAGCCCUGCAGGCAAAACAAGACCAACGCUAGCUUCGCCCCUUGCAAUCACGUCAGAGAAAUCAGAAUCAGCUCCCAGUUCCCCUCAGCUAACCACAUCAACACGAAUAGCUGAUAUCCAAUUGAUCUCACACAGCUCUCACUAUCACUGGUACUUCAAGUUCAGUGACAGUGUUGCCCCAAUGUCAGACCCUGCAGGCAAAACAAGAGCAACACUAGCUUCGCCCCUUCUAAUCACUUUAGAGAAACCAAAGAAAUCUGCUCCCAGUUUCCCAAAACCUGUUCUCAUAGGUUCAGACAGGGUCAGGCUAACAUUCAAAACAUACGAAAUCUACCCCACAACAAAAGGCUAG